UAUCGUGACCAAAACGGGAAAUGCAACUUGAUUUUUUUCAUUCUAUUAAUUUCUAUGGAGAUUGUACAUCCUGUAGCAAAGCUAUCAAUUUUAUUUCAAUUAGUAUUCAAUCAACAAGGAAUUUGCUGGAAAAUCCUCGUGAAAAGUCAAGAAAAUACCAAGGAAAUGCGAUUUUUUGUUGAUAAUUAGGCCAAGUGUAUUUCUCAGAUCAUCUACCCACGGCGCUGUUUGUCUUUGCUCAUCAGGUACCCCGCAAAAUGUUUAUGAGCUGCGAGUGUUCUGAAUAGAAAAAUUGCCCUUUUGUGUGAAAAUUGUGGUGAAAAAGUGCUGGAAAAGUGUUCUGAAAUGGAGCCAAGUAGCUGGAGAAUAUGAUGGAAAUGGUUCGCUGAGUCCUCCAGAGAAAAAUGGACCCAUCGCACGCCUUCAAGGACAACCCCAGCUGUGAUAGACCAGCCCUUCCGCCGCGACUUAAUUCGCGAUCCACCCUCACGGCGCCCUCAGUGGGCCCUGCCCCGCCACCGUCAACCUCUUCAUCUGCCUCAGAUGAUUACUACGGGGUGACUGUGCCCACAGAUCCCCCCGCUGUCCCUCAAAAGAGCCACUCGGGCAGCGAAAAGGGACCCAGUGGGGAUUUUACGGGGGCCAGUGUAGCACUGGCGAAUGCCGAGUGGUACUGGGGCAAAAUUACGCGAGAUGAGGUGAAGGAUAGGUUAAAGGAUAUGCCGGAUGGGUCAUUCUUGAUACGUGAUGCCUCGAGCCAGAAGGGCGAGUAUACGCUCACCAUUCGCAAGGAUGGCAGUGAUAAGUUGGUAAAAAUCGGCCAUAGAAAUGGAAAAUAUGGCUUUACGGAGCCAUAUACAUUUCCAUCUGUGGUAGAAUUGGUCAAUUACUUUCGCAAGGAGUCUCUCAAGCAGUACAACAAUGUGCUUGACAUCAAGCUCAUGUAUCCUAUCUCGAGGUACAAUCAGGAAGAAGAUACAACGGGAGUGGCAAAUGAGAGUGAUGUGAACAAAUUGGUAGAGCAAUUUUUGGAAGUGCACGAAAAAUACCUGAAGAAGUCACAAAAUUACAAUGAGAUGCACGAUUCGUAUCAGCGAAUGGAGAUUGAGAUAGAUUUUAAGCGACAAGCACUUGAGGCAUUCCACGAGGCGAUAUCCAUGUUUGAGGAUCAGAUAAAGCUGCAGGAGAAGCUGAAAACACAAGCGCAACCGCAUGAGAUAAAGAGUCUCAAUGAAAACUACGACAUUCUCAAUCAGCGACUCGGUGCACUCAGUGAGAGCAAGGAAAAACUUGAGAAUGAUAUUGCAAUGCAAAAUAAGGAAUUUCAAGCAUUUGAACGCGAUAUCAAUUACCUCAAGCCUGAAGUGCUCAAUUUGUCCCGACAAAAGGAGAAACUCCACGGAUGGCUCCUUCAUCAUGGUCUAACACACGAACAUAUUAAUCAGAUAAUGGAGGAUGGCCUUCGGUCGUGGGCGAAUCUGAAUAACAUUCAAAUGACCCAUUAUGACGAAUCAACGUGGUUCUUGCCCAAUUGCAAUCGUUUGGAAGCUGAGCAAUUGCUAACUGGCACCCAAACGGGCACCUUUCUCAUACGUCCGCGCAGCGCUGGUCACUACGCCCUGUCUAUCUCAAACAAUGGGGUACCUAAUCACUGUAUCAUCUACCAGACAGACCGGGGCUAUGGCUUUGCUGAGCCCUACAAUGUCUACAGCACACUAAAAGCUCUGGUGCUGCAUUAUGCUCACAAUUCACUCGAGGAGCACAAUGACUCCCUCCUGACCACACUCAAGUACCCUGUCUACGGACAGAAUGUCAUUGUGCCAACAACGACAGCAAUUAAAGAGGAUCAACGACAAACUAGUGGAGAGUGUUAGUGAUUUCUGUAUAUCUGCUCCCCCUUCACCCCAUUUUUUUUCUUCUUUAAAUUCUCGUUGUGUUCCUUUUAUUUUUUCUUUUUGUGAAAAUCUAAUGGACACAGAGUGAUUUGGCCGAGAAAGAGAGAAAGAAAGAGAGAGAGAGAGAGACGUUAUCAAAAAAAAUGAAAGAAAUAUUCGUGUUAAUUUUUUUUCUGGCAGAGAAUCUUCCUCACAAAACAAAUUAUUUCGAGUAUAUAUUAUAUAUAAGAAUAAUGUGAUUUCUUUUUUAUACUAUUAAUUAUAUAUAUAUAAAAAAAACAAAAUACAGAAAAUAAAACACAAUUUACUUGUAAAAUUUAAUCUUAGUUGUUGCAAUGAAUUCAAUAUCUAAAAAAAACAACCUUUUCCAGUCAAAACAUCCCCCUAAGAAAUAAAAAAAAUAUAUAAUAAAUGUCUAAAAAAACAAAAACGAUACUUCAGAAUCGAAAAACAAGUGUUUUAUAAUCAAAUAGAUGGUGGCAAAAAACAUACAGCAGAUAAACUAUGAAUAAAAAAAAUAUUAGGAGAUAUUAGGAUCUUAGAUAUUUGUAAGAUAAUGUGAAAGGAUAUAACGUUGUGUGUUAACAAAAAAAAAGUAACUAUGAUGAUUCGCGAAAAUAUAUGUAAUUUCCUCCAAAAAAAAAAAACCAACCAACCAAACUUACUAAAGAUAAUCGCUUGAGCACUCUCUGUUGCCAUCCUUGUGGUGUAUAAAAUAAAUAGUAAUUGUGGAAUGGAUUGAAUUGGACAAGACAAUGUGUGCAGAUUUUUUUUUGUGCCAUUUUAAAAGAUUAUUAUUUUUUGUUUCUCUAAAUGAUUCUUAAACAAAUGUGUCUUCUUUUUCGUCAAUUAUUCUCAGAAAGGAAAAAAAAACAAAAAACAAAUCAAAAAAGUCUAAUUUAAUCUUAAUUUUUCAAAAAUUACAUCAACAAAAUUAACAAAGUUCGAAUAGAAUUAUCAUGAUUAAAAAAAAAAACCAACAGAAGUGUUUUUUUUUUCUUAAAAAAAAAGAUGGAUAAACAAUUGAGUUAAAGAGAGAGAGAGAAAGAGAGAGAGACGAAUGUGGAGUUUAUUGAUAGAAAUGUGUACCUUCAUUAUAUAAGGAAACAAAUUUAAAUGAAAAAAAAAACUAUAAAUUUUACAGUGAAUUAAAUAAAAAAUUAUUAUCGUGUCCGAAUGUGUAAAGGAGAAAAGAAGAUGUUGUGUAAUCAAAACAAUUAUUUUAUAUAUUAUUAUAUUUACUUUUUAUUGAGUAUAGAAAUUACAAUGAAGAGAAAAAAUCUACCCCUUCUACAAAUUGUUACUUGGACAUUUGUAAUGGAUAAACAGAAAUUUGUAAAAAUACAGCCCAAGAAAACAGUAAAAAAAAACUGGUCAGAAGAUAA